AUGAAUGUCGAGACUGCACCACCCCUGGACCAAUUUGGCCCAUCGCCCGCCGAAGUCCAGGGCACAGCGCCGCCCAAUGCCACUGGGAAAGCAUGUGACCACCGCCUCUGGGAGGUCAAACGCAACAUUUGGGCCCUCCUGAACUCGCUGAUCAAAUUUAGCCCCGAGGGCAGGAAGGCCGCGUUAGGCGAGGCUGUCUUGCCCGUUAACAACCACGUCUUUGUCAAGUGGAGAAACUACUGUGCCACCUUCCAGGACAACCUUGGGCACUGGGUGGACCAGGAGCUUCGCCUGCGAAUCAAGCUGGCCCAGGUCCACGCCCUGUAUUCCCGCAACCAGUACAUACGUGGAUGGGUUGAAUACAUGUACUAUCCUCUGGACAAGCGUCUCUGCGCUUACACAUAUGGCGGUGUUGUUGAGCGCUGGCUGGAUGAGGCUGGACGUGUGUGCUCAGAUCUGACCGUUGCCCCCAACGAGGACUUCUUUGAGGGCGUCCGUCGCAGCCGCCGGAUUGCUGGUCUGAGCGUCGAGUGA